AUGAUUGCCGCUAAGCUCGCCGUUGUCGCAGUGCUCGCGCUGCUUGGUUCUGCAUCAUGCCGCCAAGCAGGUUUCCGCAACGGUAAUGGUGGCCGUGGCGGCAAUCCCAUUCCCAUCACACAACCACACAAUAAUGACCCUCCGGCCACGACACCAAAACCGAAGCCGCCAGCUUAUCCGGAUCGUCCGGCCACCCCACACCCACAGCCACCCUCUUACCCUCCGGCCACUCCGCCGCCACCCACCUAUCCUCCGAAGACAAGCCCAAGUCCGCCGCCGCCCACGCCCACCUAUCCUCAGACGAGCCCAAGCCAGCCGCUGCCCACGCCCAGCUAUCCUCCAACGAGUCCAAGCCCACCGCCGCCAACGCCCAACUAUCCUCCGAUGAGCCCAAGCCCGUCUCCAUCCACGCCGCCGCCGCCGCCGUCCCCGCCUCGGCCCAGCUCAGAUGAUGCUGGGAAGAAGCUCAAGGUUGGAUACUACGAGAACAAGUGCGACCGUUCCGUGGAUGUGGAGGCCAUCGUGAGGAAGCACGUCAGUGGCUUCGACGAUGGCAUCAAAGCAGGGCUCAUCCGCCUUUUCUUCCACGACUGCUUCGUCCGUGUAAGUCUUAUUAAGACCUCGAUCACGCUUGCCAUUUACUGCAAUCACUACGUAUAUUAUUAUUAG